CUAGCUUCUAAAAGGAAGGGGGAGGGGCCUAGGUAGGUGCCGCCCUUGAUCACGUGGCGGGCUGCGGAGCGGCUUGUAGCGCGCGAAAGAGGACGGAGACUCUAAAAAUGGCGGACGGCGAGUGGAAGUGCGAUAGCUGUCAUCACUCCGCGGGUGACUGCUUAGAGAAGUUACCAUGUGGACAUUGUGUGUGUGGAGUAUGCUCCUGUAGGAUGGAAUCAUUGACCAUCAUGUGUCCUGUGUGUGAGGGGUGUGAACCAGAAGAAUGUGAAAUCGUAAUCUGUUCUGAAGACCUCUCCAUCCAAAGUCAAAUCCCUGUCCAGCUUUUGGCAAAUGAAGACUCCAAUAUGUCAAUGGAUGAUAACAGUGGAUCAAAGAUGAAACAAGCAGCAAAUGAGAACAGUGUUAUACAUGCGAUGGAUACUGGAAAUGACAAUCCUGGUGAUUGCGAGGAUAAUCUUUGUCACAAUAUUGAUGAGGCCUUGAUCAUUGCGAAUGACAAACUUCACCAUCUGAACUCCACUCUUCAGACUUUGAAAGAAAUGGACGCUAGAAAUAAGCAGCUGGAAAGGCGUGUAUCUCAUUCAGUUCAUGAGGCAUUUGGAAAAAUGUUGCUUGCUCUUAGGAAGAGGAAAUCUGACAUACUUUAUGAGUUAAAAGCAAUAAGUGAAAUAAAGGCUGUAGAGCUGCAGAAUGCUAUUAGGAACAUAGAGGAACAGAGAAAGUGUUUGGAGACUCGAGCUGCAUUUGCAGAAGGACUGAAAAUGUCUCCAUCACUGACAAUGUACUGUGAUCUAAAUCAACUUGUUACAGACCUGAAAAUGAGUUUUAAAAAUGAAGACACACUUGAUUCUCUGAAAGGUUCUUCUGAUAUAAGAUUUAAUAUAGACUGUAAUACAAUGCUGAAAACCAUUGACAGUCUGGGAACCAUCUGCAUUGCUAGCAAUCCAAAAAGCCAGGUCACAUUCAGUGUGAAAACAGCAUUCAAGGAAUCACAACAUUUAGAUGUCAAGUCGGAACACAAAAUCAUUCGGGAGCAUCUAAAAGAUUGCUCUAAAGCCUUGGAUUCCAAACAGUGUGAAUCUGAUUUUGGAUGUAUGGACAUAGAUGAACACAGUAUGGAGACAACCAGUCAGCUGGCUUCUGGAAAGGACCCCCAUAACGCUCAAGACCUAAAUCUGAUUUCACUAAACACUGAUGCAUCACCACAGUCCAUGAGUACCCCCGAUGUCAUCAUAGAAGAAAUUAUCGAGGAAGACCAACCUUGUAAGGCUGACUCCAGUGAGCCCCAAAAUGAUACCGCCCUUGACUGCACUAAAGAAAAAUCUUUUGGCGAAAGCUUCACAAGCCAUUCAGAAGAAUUCAGUCAUGGUAAGCCAAAGCGAUUCAAGAACAGUCAGAGGAUGACAGGCACCUGUGCUCCAUUUUGUCAAAAGAAAACCCCACAAGAACUUGUAUACCUAAGUCAUUGGCAAAAUCCCUGCAACUUUUAUGUCCGCUGUUUUUCCCAGAGAAGGAGGUUCAUACUGCUUGACCGGAUGCUAACUUCACUUAGUCGGACAUGCAGCCAGUGUUAUCCUACUGAUGUGUUGGAGCAAGGUGAAAUAAUUGCUUUCAAAAGUACUACACAAAGAAAAUGGUGCCGUGGAAAUAUAAUUCAGCUGAUUCCUCUGGAAAGUAAAUGCAUUCCAAAACCUUGUGGACCAACAAGAUAUAAAAUUGAAGAUAUCACACGGUUAUCACUCUUCUUACUUGACUAUGGAAGUUCUGAGACAUUUGUUGCUAAAAGGUUUGCAGGCAGCUAUUCCCUGAACAGUGACCCAGUGAUGGAUUGUGAAACAAAAGUUACUUCCCUGCAUACAAUCUUAUCAAAACUGAGUUCAGCUACAGAUGAAUGCAUACGGUUCAUGCCACCAUUUGCUGUCCAUUGCUCUUUAGAUAUUGUCCCACAAAGUCCAGAUGGCAUGUGGAAAAAGGAAAUCAAAGAUCAUGUUCUAAAAGUGAUUGGUAAUAAAUGUGUAUUAAUGAAAGUCCUUAGGGAAGAAAAUAGGAAACUGAUCGUUGACUUGAAGACUCCUUUUGAAAAUAAGAUCAGUAGUGACAUGCCCUUGUCUCUUCGUGAGGCCCUCGUGUUUUUGGAGUUGGCAAAGUUUCCCUCAAAUGGUUCUGGCAACACAGGGAUCAAUCAUUACAUUGAUCCAAUAUUACCCAAGAACAUGACCAAAACGACAGUCAUUGUUUGCCAUAUGAAUGAUCCAUCAGAUUUCUAUAUCCAGUUGGUGUGUGAAUCAAAUUUUCCUGUGACUAUGAACAAGAUGCAGGAAGUGUACAACAGCAAAGAGGCCGAUGACUUGCAUAUUUUGCACCCAGUGGUGGGACAACCUUGUGUUGCCAAAUAUGUGUGUAAUGAUGAAGAGCAGUGGUACAGAGCAGAAAUUAGAGCUUUAUGUAAUACUCAAGAAGCAGUCAUAAAGUAUGUGGACUUUGGCAAUUUUGACACAGUUAAUAUUGCAGCCUUAAGAAGUUUAAAGAAAGAAUUCAUGACAGAACCACUCAAGGCAAUUGGCUGCAGGCUUGCUUAUAUUCAGCCUCUUGAUGCUGGACCCUUUUGGACCCCCGAGGCUUGUCUACUGUUUGAGCAGCUGACUUACUGUAAACAUCUGAAUUGUACUUCAAUAGGUAUGCUUCUUGAGAACAAGCUAUCUGUUGAGCUUUUUGAUGUUAACCCAAGUUAUGUGAUGAGUAUUAACACCAUGCUUGUUGAGGAAAAAGUUGCAUCUUUUAUACAGUGCUCAUCAUAUUCUGCUGAACAUCUCCCACUGAAGGAAGUAUGGGAUCCAGUCCUAGAGCUAUCUCCUAACUCUAUGGAAAUGUGCUUGGAUAACAUUUCUCUGUUUGAACGAAAAGAGCUUGAUGUGUUUAUCAGCCAUGUUGUAUCUCCCAGCAAAAUCUACGUACAGUGGUUAACUACAGAGAACAUUCUUAAGAGUUUGCAAGCAGCCAUGUUUGAGCGGUAUGAGAACUCAAAACCAGAGGCUGUACAAUGGCAAGUCGAUAUGAAGGUAGCAGUUCAGCUCCAGUCUAAUAAUCAGUGGACGCGUGGGAAGGUUAUAAAUGUAAUAUCCGACAGUUUUGUUGAGGUAUUUUGUUACGAUUUUGGCACACAGGAAGUGAAAGAUGUCACCAACAUAAGGACAUUAGAUGAAAGCAUGAUGGUAUACGGUACCAUGUGUCUGGAGUGUUCGCUCAUGGAUAUAAAGCCUGCCGGAGGAAGUCAAAACUGGACCGCAACUGCCUGUGACUUUCUUUCCCAUUAUCUCAAAGGAGCCACAGUCACGAUGGUUAUUGAAGACGAUACAUCACAAUGGCCUUUACCGGUUAAAAUUUUAAGCAAAAAUGAAGCAAGCCAGCUGGUUGAUGUCUCUGAAUUCUUGGUGAAAAAGGGAUUAGCGCUGAGAGAUAAAAGGCCUGUGACAAGAAAGAACAAAACUAAUUCCGUGCUAGAAUCUAAAGACAUAAGUGCAGUUCUGCCUGUCAAAAGUUGUCUUCCAGAACCGGUUCCAGUGGAAGAGCUUACAAGUGAAUCAAAGCCAGAGUGCGAUAAGAAAGUAAAAAGUGAGCAAAAUGGCAUUACAGAACAUGAAGAGCCAGUGAUGGAGCCGAUUGUGGGGGAACCGUACCUGCCUCCUGUGCUGCCUGAUGAGAAGACAUUCCUGGCUAAAGUCCAUCAUGUUGGUGAUGAUGGAGCUAUAUAUGUUGUCCAGGAAUGUUUGGAAAAUGAGCUUAGUGUGCUUAUGGUUGAUAUCCAGAAUUCAUUUAAAUGCCUGGGUUUAAAGGCACCCUACUCUUGGAGGAAAGGUGAAGGCUGUCUUAUUAAGGGAUCCGACACCAUGUUAUACAGAGGAAAGGUUUUGGACAUACUCAGUGGAGAUAUGAUAACGGUACAGUACGAAGACUUCGGAUACACUGAAAAAAUCCCUAGAUGUCACCUAUGCCCAUCUGUGUUUAAUCCACAUAUUCCAGGCUUUAGUAUACCUUGCCAGCUGAAUGAUAUUCUCCCUGUUGGUGACCGCUGGCAACCAGAUGCAAUUCAGUUUCUUAAAGAACUUCUGUUGGAGAGAGUUGUCACCAUUCAUAUUGUGAAGCCUCCAAAUUCUUCUCACGGUAUUGCAUUUGUUCGUAUAUAUUGUGGGAGCGCUCCAGUCUCUGAUAUUUUGGAGCAAUACGCUUAUGGUAUUCCUAGAGGAUGUGAGAAGAGGGACAAAACUGAGACAUACAACAUUAAACAAAUUGAGAAAAUUUGGAACCUUGACUUCCAGGAAUUGCUAAACAGUGAUUUAGGCACACCUUUAUUGCCUAACUAUUCUUCAGAAUCUUUACCUCACCCAGGAGAACUCUUUAAGGUGGAAGUCACACACUUACAGACCCCCAAAGAUGUCUUCAUUCGUUUGAAGGAAAAAAGUAAUGGAGAUGAUGAUGGAGACUGUGAUCCUCUUAAAUCCACCCUUAAGAAAAUCAACUCUGAAGGGAAUGAGUUGCUAUACUUGACAGAUUUUAGAACAGCCAUGCCGUGUCUUGCUACUUACAGAGAUGGAUUGUUGCAUAGAGCAAAAUUACAAUCUAUUAAAAGUUAUGACCCUGUCACCUGUGUUGUGGAGUUUGUUGACUAUGGAAAUACAGCAGUACUGGAUGUCUACAGUUUAUUCCAACUCCCCCCUUCACUGAUUCAGUAUCCAGCAAAAGCUAUCAAAGUGAAACUGGCUGGAUUCAAGCCUCCAAAAAAUGAUUUCCAAGAUGUGAGAAUUCUGUACUGCCCAGAAUGGAGCAUAAAAGCACUGUAUGAUAUGAUGGACAUAGUGGAAAAAAAGACACUUACUGCUUCAUGUGUUACUGCUUUAGAAAAUACUGUGUUCUUGUAUGAUGAAAACAAUGAACUGGUUCACAAGCCAUUGGUUGCUAUGGGACUGGCAGAGUUAGAGGAGAUGUGAAUACUGACAGGUUACAAAGCUGUCUACUCAACAAACCUAUCAAAACAGAUGCUCCAUAAUCUAACGAAAAGUUUGAUUGAUUUUUUUUUUUUUUUGCAACAUGUAUAUAUAUGAAGAUUGUUGUAUAUUUUUUUGUUAAUGACCAUUAAAAGCAAAAAGUUC